CAUAUAUACUAGUCUAAAUGUCUCUCACAUUACAUUAAAAAAAAAUAUUUAUUAUUUCUUCUCUCUCAAAAAAAUUGUGAAAAUGGCACAAUCCAUUCGUUUCUUUACUACUUUGUUUCUUCUAGCCAUGCUUGUUAUGGCUACUGAGAUGGGACCAAUGAGAAUCGUAGAGGCAAGACAUUGUGAGUCGUUGAGCCAUCGUUUCAAGGGACCAUGUGCGAGCGAUAAGAAUUGUGCCUCGAUUUGCGAGACCGAAAGAUUUUCCGGUGGUAAUUGCCGUGGAUUCCGUCGCCGUUGCUUUUGCACUAAGCCAUGCUAAAUAAUAAUUUUGAUUUUAUGUGUAAAAGAAGAAGUUUGAGAAAAAAAUAUUAUGUAAUUUUGAAUAAAGUACACUAUGAUUGUUCAAAGAUGUAUGUAAUGCUAGUUUUGUUUGUAAAAACUAGUUGUGAUCUUUGAAUUUGUAUGCAAUUAUGGUGCACUAGACUUGUAAUUCUUCAUGUGGUUUUUUGAAAUAUUAUGGAUAAAAUUUGUGUUUUAGCCUUUUGUUAGUAAA